GUAACUCUUCUAUACUUGAAUAAAUCAAAUAAUUAUUUUGUGAUUAAAAUGCUUAAAUUAAAAAAUUAUAAAAUUUUUGUCACACUGUUAGUUUUGAUUAUCGCAAAAAACAAUUUGGCAGUUCCAGAGGAUAUUAAGGAACAAUUUUUUAAUGCUAUUCAAGUAUGUGCUACAGAAUCUGGUGUGGAUUCUGAUAAAAUUCAGAAUUUCUUGCGUGGUGAAUAUGAAACUGCAAGCCAUGAGUUGAAAUGUUUUGUUAAUUGUUUUGCAAAUAAAAUGAGUUACAUUGCUGACGGUGAACCACAAAUUGAGGAGAUGAAGAAAUCAUUCGAGAAAUUACCUAAUUUCGAUAUGAAAAAAUUCGAUAAGGCUACUGAGGAUUGUAAAUCCCAGUAUACUGGCGCUGAUGAAUGUGAAAAAGGAUUUAAAUAUAUGACAUGUCGAAGAUCAAUUAUGGAAAACUAA